CAGUGGGUAGUCGCUGUUACUUUGUGUGUCGGUAAGGUGUGGAAACGAACAAAUUCAACUUAAAAUUCUUGAAAUAACUGAAAGGAAUCCAGUGUUGUAAUAGAAGACGAACGAAAAGGCCUCCACCAUGGGUGAACCCCAGCAGGUGAGCGCUCUCCCACCUCCGCCCAUGCAAUAUAUCAAGGAGUACACUGAUGAAAAUGUGCGCAAAGGGCUCGCCCCCAAGCCUCCGCCCCCGAUCCGGGACAGUUACAUGAUGUUCGGCAACCAGUUCCAAUGCGACGACCUCAUCAUCAGACCCCUGGAAAGCCAGGGCAUCGAGCGUCUGCACCCCAUGCAGUUCGACCACAAGAGGGAGCUCAAGAAGCUCAACAUGUCCAUCCUGGUCAACUUCCUGGACCUGCUGGACAUCCUGAUAAAGAGCCCCGGCAGCAUCAAGCGCGAGGAGAAGCUGGAGGACCUGAAGCUGCUGUUCGUUCACAUGCACCACCUGAUCAACGAGUACCGCCCGCACCAGGCGCGCGAGACCCUACGCGUCAUGAUGGAGGUGCAGAAGAGGCAGCGGCUGGAGACCGCCGAGCGCUUCCAGAAGCACCUGGAGCGGGUGGUGGAGAUGAUCCAGAGCUGCCUGGCCUCUCUCCCCGAUGACCUGUCCCAGCCGGAGGGCUCCGCCGGAGUCAGGGCAGGGGCUGGCGGGGCCGGCGGAGGCCCCAGACUGAAGGCAGAGCCUAUGGAUGUGGAGGAGGCGGGGGGCAGUUGCAUGGGGGAACAGCAGGACAGGGGCACAGCUGCACCAAAGAGGGACAAACUUUGGGACAAGGAUGCAGCUAUGUGUAGCAUCAUUGAUGAAAUGACUUAAAAUCAAAUAUAAAGUUAAGCUGUUUUUUGUAUAAUAUGGAUUGCUCAUCCUUUAUGUGGUGUUGCUUUGUGUUUAGUCUGAUGUCUGAUGUUUUGUUACAAAAUUUGUACAUGAUGAAUGAAUGGUAAUAAAGGACUGUAAAUAAUCUGGACAUCUUU